ACUACGGAGCACAUCUGAUGUCAAAUGCGUGAUAGGCAUUGUUUUGCUGCCACUGCUUCGUUGCGGCGGUGCAAAAGCAACGCCCUUGCACCAAGCCAUUGUUGAUCUCGGCUUCCUGUUACUUUUCUAUUCCUCUCUCCCAUCAUCUUUCACGUACUGUCCUACACAAGCUGCCGUAAAGGUCGACACGCUCAUAUCUCAUAGUACCUCCUCGCACGGCUAGCUGCGCUAUGCCAUUCUGACCACGUUAUUCCACACGUACACGCGCACACAACAGCAGGAGCAAAUGAAGGUAUCCGCAUUCUCUCUCACUUUCUUUUCAGGCCUUCUCGUGCUGUUUUGCAUCUCUCUUCUGGGAUCAGCAGCACCAACGGGAUUAGACUGGACGCCUGUCCCCGGCGACCGCAUCCCUGAUCCGACGUAUUUUACAAAAGGCGGGGAGCUACGAAAACCACUUAAUCGGAUGCGGCCCGUCGAGGAAGUGAGACGGCCUCAAUUUGCACCGGACACCAACUUCAAGGAGCGUACUCGGCCGGUACCCAUGUGGGCGGACAAACUUUCGGACUCGCAGCAGGGUAAAGGACUAGAGAAACCCAAGCAGUCGAUGAGGACUAGAGUCAAAGGGGGCUGGAGCUCCAUGAACAAAAGCUUCAGCAAAGCAGCCAAAUGGUUGAAGAGCAAAGGGAGAAAUUGCUGGAGGUGCAGGCACUUGGACAGGUGAUGCAAUGACGCCGGAGCAGCGACACGGAGUGUGGGAAAUUUGAAGCACUCGGAGACAAUCAUCCAUAUGACGUGUUCUACAGUAGUUCCUCUGUUGAUGGUCAAGUUUCGGCCGGCAGAUUUUACCCGAUGAACUUGACCACUUGCGUCGGUGACAGUAGACAAUCUUGUGAUUUGGAUGUCUGAGUCACCUGGUCUCCUCUCGACAGAGUGAGACAGCCUGUUCUUUCCCUGUAGCUCCAAUAAUUGG